AUGGUGGAGCAAUCGGCGAUCGCCGCCGCCGCCACCGCCGCCGUCACUGCCGUGGAGCCUGGCGUGGAGCGGGGACACGUGAGCGGCGGCGGGCGGCGGCUCGCGGGGGAGAGCUCGGACGAGGAGGAGGAGGGGAGCCAGCGCUUCUCGGAUGCUGACGACCGGUCCUGGCACUCGCACUCGCGGCAAGGCUCCGCCUUGGAGGACUGUAUCUCCACGUCCGCGCCCAUCAGCUGCGACACCGGCGCCGCCACUGCCGGCGGCGGGGACACGGCCACCGAACGCGCCAGGAAGUCGUGCGUGUCGGAGUGCUCGCUGGACGACGACGUCGUCGACCUGGAGGCCGGGCUGGCCGAGAUCACCAAGGCCAGCCCGGACAAGGCCGAGAGGAACUGCCGCAUCUGCCACCUUGGCCUUGACAGCGCCGCCGUCGAGUCCGGCGCCGGCAUCGUGCUCGGCUGUUCCUGCAAGGCCGACCUCUCCCGUGCCCACAAGCAGUGCGCCGAGACCUGGUUCAAGAUCAGAGGCAACAAGAUCUGCGAAAUCUGUGGCUCAACCGCGUGCAACGUGGCAGGUUUCUGUGAUGCGGACUUCAUCGAGCAGUGGAAUGAAUCAAGCAACACUGCAGCUGCCCAGGCAACAGCCAACGAGCCUCGGAGAUUUUGGCAAGGGCACCGGUUCCUCAACUUCCUUCUCGCUUGCAUGGUGUUUGCGUUCAUUAUAUCCUGGCUCUUCCACUUCAAUGUUCCUGGAUGA